UUAAAAAGAAAAUGCAAUAAAUUUCCGAAGAAGAAAAGAAAAUCAAAAUAUCGCUUUCGUGUUUGGAUUCGAGUCAUUGGCAGACUUUGGCUUGGUUUGAAGGUUGAGGAGGAUCCUUCCUUUUGCCUUUACCUUUACCCUUUGUCUUUUACAUCCCUAUUUUCUUCCUUUUCAACGCCUCCAACAAGCCACAACUCUCUUGUUACUGCCUAAUUUUUCUUGAUCUGUUUUUGUUUGGAAUAUAAAAUCUGAUCAAAGGAUCUCAUGGCCACCACUGGAAACAAGAACAUCAAUGCUAAAUUAGUUCUACUUGGGGAUGUUGGAGCCGGAAAAUCUAGUCUUGUGUUGCGCUUUGUUAAAGGGCAAUUUGUUGAAUUUCAGGAAUCAACCAUAGGUGCAGCUUUUUUCUCCCAGACCUUGGCUGUGAAUGAUGCGACUGUAAAGUUUGAGAUUUGGGAUACAGCUGGUCAAGAGAGGUACCAUAGCUUGGCACCAAUGUAUUACAGAGGAGCUGCAGCUGCGAUCAUUGUGUAUGAUAUAACAAAUCAAGCAUCAUUUGAGAGAGCCAAAAAAUGGGUCCAAGAGCUUCAAGCACAAGGCAAUCCUAAUAUGGUAAUGGCACUUGCUGGGAACAAAGCUGAUUUACUCGAUGCAAGGAAGGUGGCUGCAGAGGAAGCACAAACCUAUGCUCAGGAGAAUGGUCUUUUCUUCAUGGAAACUUCUGCAAAGACUGCAUCCAAUGUCAAUGACAUUUUCUAUGAAAUAGCUAAAAGAUUACCUCGAGUGCAGCCGGCACAAAAUCCUGCUGGAAUGGUUCUUAUGGAUAGACCUGCAGAACGGACAGCAAGUGCAUCUUGUUGCUCUUAGGCGGUGGUUGUGUUCGCCUGUAUCGUAUAAGUAGCUCUUGUAAUGCUCACUGCAAUCAAAGUUUUUUCUUUCCUUCUUUACCUUGUUUGUGUACAAUCAUUGGGAACUGUACAUGCACGAUGUUUAGACGCUUUGAUAUCAACCCCCUACUCGUAUUGGAGAUUGGUUUUUCUUGUAAUUAAAGUGUGGUAAUGCUAUGUUUCAUUUCCAUAUUACAGCGGACAUGUUGAAAUAAAUAUAUUCCAU